UCUUCUCUUAUUUUUCGUACCUACCGCAAUAAUCUCUCGUUAUAAGUUUCAUCCCUCUGGUCACCCAACAUCCACUAUCAUAAAAACACUUCUAUUUCGAACCAUGGCCCGCAUCGCUUCGGACCCGGCAUUCGACAUUCAACCCGAUUUUUCCUCACCCACCUUCGAAGGUCUCAGGGUUCGAAUCAUCGGAGGAACCCAGACAACCCACGAAGAAGUCGCUACUGAGUUAAUCACUGCUUGGCAGUUAGACCGCGACCUCAGAGUAACAGCGUGGAAAAGGCAAGUAGACGAAGAUGCAGAACUGGCAGCCGAUGCAGCCAGAGUCGCACGAGAACAAGCAAACCAAGAACGUUUACGCCUAGAACACGAAGCAGAAAUGGAGCUUCGCGAAGCUGAGAAAAAGAAGCCGAAAAUCAACGACUUCCAGACAGGCACAGCUGUAGGUGACACACUCACCCCCCGCCCAUCUCAGUACGCCAUCCAUAAGCUGAAAUCGUUCGAAUACGUCGAGCUAUGGUACUUCAGCCCAGAUGGGUGUAAGACAACUGCAGACGACGCCAAAACUAGCGCCGAAGAUACAUUCGGUCUAGCCAAGGUCGACGACUUCGUAGCGCUCAAGCCAGUCGCAUCCUUCAAAGCAUCCCGCAAAGCGGUGCAGGACCACAACCUCGAGUGGCGCCAGUUCGACCUUGCCAAGAACAGCUUUCUCUUACAUAUCAACAAGCUGAAAUGGCCGGAGAAACAUCAGCGAGCCCUAACCAUGUUCUUCAUGAACAUCGUAGCCCACCCGUAUCGUUCAGAACACUUUGGCGAGCAAGCGCUGUUGCUCUAUGCGGCCCGCGUCCGUCGUGACUGGCACGACACCCUAGUCCUCAAUAAUGCGUUCGACAUUAGCAUCUUCAACCUCACCCUACUGAAGAACAUGAGCGAAGAAGUUUGGAACAGAGCGCGGCACGAAUCUCUCACAGAGGUCAGUUCAUCUAAGAUUGUCGCUCUCAGCAAUUUAGCAUCUGACUGUACUCCCCAUCACACUUCCACCUGCUUCCAAUGACCCCAUAAUGCUACCGCUACAAACGCUUCCACAAAAAUUCGCUUCCACUACAAUCGCUCCCACUCCCACUGCUUCCACCACUCCCGCUCCGCUUCCAAAAUGCUCCCGCUCCCACUGUGAACUCCUCGAUCCUUCGCGGGAUUCCAACAUGCCUCAGUUUCAGACGGCGCAACACCAGCGUGUCCCCAGCCGAGACAGUGCCCC